CUUGUGGUCAGAAGACAAGAACUGAACAGUCGCAUGUCUCUUCAUAUGUUGUGUCCUAUUGUCUCUUCGUGCGUCAUCAAAAGACUCUACUGCCCGCACAUAAACUCUACUGCCAUUCCUUUACGCACAUUGGCCUUAAUGUCUCUCUGUGCCGUGCCUCUCUGAUCCUUUAGGCGAUCUGGCCGCAGCCAGCGAUGAUGACCGGCCGUGCGGUGCGGCCGCCCUGACUGCUCUGGGCUUCCAUCGCUUUCACCACAUUGGCCCCGUCAAGUACCUGCAUGACAGACACAGAUGACGGUGAGCACAGUUGUCAUGUGUGUACCUUGCCGAAGACGACGUGCUUGCCGUCGAGCCAGGGAGUGGACACCGUCGUGAUGAAGAACUGACUUCCAUUCGUGUUCGGACCUGCACACAUGUACGACACGGGGUGUGUCGGUUCAGUCACGUACGUCUCCGUUGAGCCGUGUGUGUCGGAAUCUACCGGAAUUGGCCAUGGAGAGGAGGUACGGCUCGGUGUGCUUGAAUGAGAAGUCCUCGUCAGCAAACUUCUCGCCGUAGAUGCUCUCGCCACCAGUGCCGUUGCCGGCCGUGAAAUCACCACCUGAGCAACACAUACAUACACAUUCACACAUUCACACCGAGCGUGGUGCAUGCGUACAUUCGUGCAUAUACCUUGGCACAUGAACAUGGGGAUGAUGCGGUGGAAUGUGCAACCCCUACAUGUCCACACACACAUACACACACAUACACACACACACACACACAUUGAUGCCUGUAUCUGCUCUCGUGUCGUCUCACUUGUAGUGUAGGGGCUUGCAAAUCAAAAACAGCGAGAGGCGAAAAUGGUCAAACACCAUCGUACACAAAUCGCC